AGAGAGAGAGAGAGGAAGAGUAAGCAGAAGUGUAGACGCGACCGGAGCAGAGAUGGUGGAAUAAGUUUAAGUUUUGUACAAAGUGUGUGCAGUGUCCGAAAUAAACCCCAGACUGGAAGCAAAGUUCAGGAAUUUGCUCACCAGAAACAGGAUUUUAACCCCCACGUUAUUCUUUUUAUAACGUCGGCCCUGGAGGUAACCAGUCUCACCUGCUUUCUGACCACGAUCAAAGGUUAAUUGAACAUUGUAACAGCUUAUUAAGUACUGGAGGAAGUGCUCACCGUGCUAAGCUGCAGCCAUAGAUGAAGACUAUCAUGAAGGCCAGAGCUUGUAUAAGAAAGGAGUACAGCGUCCUCUUCCUCUGUCUGGCUGUGGCUGUUUUAAUCCUUGUUCUACGUAACAUGGAGGUACUGAAGACCUCCAGCCAGUUUCAGCAUGAGGUGAACUCCACCAUCAUGGCCCCGAGAGUUUCCACUGACCCUGACGUGCAUCGGGGCUUCUGCACCUUCCAGCCACUGUCCCCUGAGGACGCUCUGGAGGAACGCCUCCUACUGGACUCCAUUGCUUGGCCUGAAACUCCACUAUUGCCAACUCCUCUUAUCCUGGAGCAGACCAGUGACCCAGCUCACAGCACCUUCACCAUUCUCCCAGGGAGGGGGGGAGGACAGUGGCACGUAGGGGAUCAGCUGGAGGUUAGGAUCAAUAUGGCUGAUUUCCAGGGCCGUCCCAAGAAGUCUGGGGGAGACUUGUUACUCGCCCGGCUGCACAACCAGACGCUUGGUGCGGGUGUGGCUGGACAGGUGGUGGAUCAUCUGAAUGGCAGCUACUCUGCUGUAUUCUCUUUACUCUGGGAAGGAGACGCGCAGGUUGAGGUGAUGCUGGCUCACCCUAGUGAGGCUAUCACAGUACUGAAGAGACUGAAGAGUGAAGAACCUGACAGGAUAAGCCACAAGAGCCUCUUCCGCUCAGGCUCACUCUCUGAAACUACCAGCUGUAAUGUCUGCCUACGUCCAACCCAGCAGCCGCUGUGCAACCACACUGACCUCCGUACAGGCAAUCCUUGGUUCUGCUACAAGCCGAAGAAGCUGAGCUGUGAUGCCAGGAUCGACCACGCUAAGGGAACAUACAACCAAACCUUUAAGGCCACAGAGGAGAAACUCUUUCAAAGUGGUGUCAACAUGAAAGUGUACAUACGGGCUUCAGGACCUGCCAAUGUCACCGUGUUGCCAAAAAAGGAAGGUCAACCAGAGGUGGAGAGCAGCACUGUCAAGGUUGGACCCUCUGGCUAUUACUACCAGGGUGUUUGGCAAGCACUAAGUGGCACCAAAGUUCGCCAAUUCAACGCAGCUGCUAUCAGUCAGUGUCUGAAAGGCAAGGUGGUCCACAUGCAUGGGGACUCCACCAUCAGGCAGUUUUUUGAAUUCCUCAACGCAGCACUACCAGGUCUUAAGGAGUUUGACCUGCACAGCCAGAGGGUAGCUGGACCUUUCAUGGCUUUGGACUAUGCAAACAACAUCUUGGUGAAAUUCCGCUUCCACUCUCCUCCUAUCCAGAGUCCUCCUGUCCUAACCAGCAAGCUUCGUUACAUUGCCAAUGAAAUAGAUGACUUAAUCGGAGGCACCGACACUGUUGUAGUUUUUGGCAUCUGGGCUCAUUUUGCCACUUACCCGAUGCAGAUCUACAUCCGGCGGCUGCAGAGCAUCCGCAGGGCGGUGGUGCGGCUGCUGGACAGGGCUCCAGGGACAGUGGUCGUCAUCCGGACCGGGACCCCCAGAGACGUGACGCUAAUUUACAACGACUGGCACUCGCUGCAGUGUUAUAAGGUGCUCAGAACCAUGUUCAAAGGACUCAACGUUCAUCUGAUCGAUGCCUGGGAGAUGGUCCUUGCCCACCACCUGCCGCACAACGUCCAUCCACCACGUCCCAUUAUUGAGAACAUGAUUAACGUUUUCUUGUCCUACACAUGUCCUCAAAAGGGCGGCUAGAUGUGUGUGUGUGUUGGGGAGAGAAGUGGAGAUUCAAGCACACAUUGAGUUUACAUCUUAUCUUUUGUUGCAAUUUUCUUUAUUUUGUAUCUACAAAACUUGGAAAAUAUAAGUAAAAUCCAACUGGAAUAAAGUUAUACUUUA